AUGGAGUUCGAGAAGAGUGAAAAGAUCAUUAUAGGGGAGACGAAGGACAUUGUUCAAGAUGAACAUCGAACAUAUGUCCCCAGUGUCCAUUUACUAGAAAUCUUCCAGUCCAAGAAUAUUCCUAUUGCUCUUGGGAAAAUUAUUCAUGCAGCAAGGAUCACAUUAUCUGAUCCAGCCCAAACAUCACCAUCAUCAGUUACACGACCAAGGCUCAUGGCUGGUUCUAUUUGUGCUGCCCUCCACACCCCCCUUCCGUCCCCAGGCAACCUUCCACCCCCGCCUCCAGGCAACCUUCCACCCCCGCCUCCAGGCAACCCUCCACCCCCGCCUCCAGGCAACCCUCCACCCCCGCCUCCAGGCAACCCUCCACCCCCGCCUCCAGGCAACCCUCCAACCCACGCGGGUGCGGGGCCUAGACCCGCACGCUCCACACCCCCCGGGGCCGGCUCCCACACGCUCCACACCCCCGGGGCCGGCUCCUACACGCUCCACACCCCCGGGGCCGGCUUCCACACGCUCCACACCCCCGGGGCCGGCUUCCACACGCUCCACACCCCCGGGGCCGACUCCCACACGCUCCACACCCCCGGGGCCGACUCCCACACGCUCCACACCCCCGGGGCCGACUCCCACACGCUCCACACCCCCGGGGCCGACUCCCACACGCUCCACACCCCCGGGGCCGACUCCCACACGCUCCACACCCCCGGGGCCGACUCCCACACGCUCCACACCCCCGGGGCCGACUCCCACACGCUCCACACCCCCGGGGCCGACUCCCACACGCUCCACACCCCCGGGGCCGACUCCCACACGCUCCACACCCCCGGGGCCGACUCCCACACGCUCCACACCCCCGGGGCCGACUCCCACACGCUCCACACCCCCGGGGCCGACUCCCACACGCUCCACACCCCCGGGGCCGACUCCCACACUCUCAACAUGGGGUGGGAGAAUAAUGGUGCCGAUGUUAUCAUUAAGAUGUUCUCUGAUACCCUUACUGGGGCCUCGCCAGUGCAAGAGAGGGCAUCUAGGGGAGCGGCAACCUCCCUGGAGGAGGCUUCGACGAUGCGGGCGCCAGCCCAGUAA